AUGGAAACUAAAUGUAAUUGUGCUAUUAGGGCCAGCAAAGAACUUGUAACAAAUUUGCAUCGGGACGGAUUAGAUCGCGGGUGCAUUGCAACAUUUAGCGACUUUUUAACAAUUAGACAGAGCUUCACAUCGGAUGAAAACUUACUUCAUCAGUCCCUUAAUUCAUUAAGAAAUGUCGCAUCCGGUGACACUUGCCUCUAUGACAGUAUAUCUGGAGUCAUAGAUAGAACCUUCCGUCGAAAUGCCUACCCUUCUCGUCCCUGGGUACUAAUAGUCGUGACAGAUGGAGAUGACAAUCUUAGUUCGAUGAGUUCCAGGCAAUGUAGUAGGGAAAUAUAUGACAAAUUUACAAAGGAAGACAAUAACUUCAUGUUUGUUGUCGGAGUUGGAGACCGUGUGAACGCGAGUAAAAUGCAAGAGAUGGCCAGAGCUGGUUAUUUCGACUAUAUUCCUGUUGAUGAUUUUCUUCUACUCGAACUUGCAUUCUUGAAUAUCGCUUAUAAGGUUACCAAGUCCCUCUCCCUUUCACUUAACAAUCUCGCUAUCGGUGAUAUUUCUGCUACAUGGGCUGAAGUCCAACAACACAGACAACUUAGCAAUGUUGCCAUUGAUUACGCUCUGCUGGUCGAUGUAUCUUCAUCCAUGAAUGAUAUGUUACGACCGCAAUGCUUUGCAGGACAUGAUUUGAGAAUGGUAAAUGGAGAAUAUCGUGAAAAUCUGUGGUUUUGUGACGUGUGUGGAAAAGAUGGUCCGUCGUCCAAGACAUCUGAAUUUCACUGUUCCUCUUGUAAUUUUGACGCUUGCCCUAGUCACUGCGAACCUGGUCGACAAUGCAAACCUAUAAGUCGUUGUCUAGAAGAUCAUCCAAUGAGAUACGUAAAUAUACCAGGGACAUGGAUAUGCGAUGAAGAUAAAAAGCCUUACAUAGGAAGGCAUCUAAGAUGUGAACAAUGUGAUUAUGAUAUGUGUCCAACCUGUUUAACACUUAUUACACUGAUGGAAAACUUAGCUCUUGUUGGUCGUUAA